AUGGUCAUGGCGGCUUCCGGGAAGCAUGCUUUUGUUCUGCACUUGAAAGAAGGUAUACAGAGGACACUGGGAGAAAGAAUAAUGUCCGUUGACCCGACUUCUGAAUGGAGUGAACCCGUCGCCAUCUCCUCUCUCAUAGUCGACGCGAUUUGGUGUAUGCAGCAGAAUGGCAGGACUGUAAGACUAUGUGACUCCGGAAGUGUUUUCAGGUCGAGGAGACUGCAAACGAAGGGAAACUUUUCAAGUGCUGCAGCGAGAAAUCUAGCUUCUGACAGUGGGUUGAAGAAGGUGAGUCAUGUGGCACCAUAUGCUCCGAAACAGAUGCGGUGGAGUUCAAGUACGAAAGACAAUCGUGAUGAGUUUGAUAAUGAUGAUGUGGACUUCGGAAUGGAUGCUGAGAGGACACCAUCUCCAUCAGGAACUGAUCAACCAGAUAAACUUGCUAAAGUUGAACCUGUAGGACAACCAUAUCAGGAUACAUUUGGAAAAGCAGUCUAUACACGGGUAAAAGUGAAGAUCAAAACUUCUAAAACUCUAGAUUCUCAGCAUACUUCUUCAGAUGCACCUACACAAAGUGAUACUGACAUGAGUAACCAAUUAGUGGUUUCAGAAAAGCAAGGGGUUCUUACUGAGAAGAUGGAAGACAGUGCCAACUCUUUACCUGAAACUAAUGUAGGUGUUUCUAUGGAUCCAUCUAGAAAGGAGAUAAGACAGAAAAUAACGACUCCGAGUUACUUCAUCGGGAUUCUAAAUCCAAUGAGCAAGAACUUAGCUGCAUUGGAGGUGAUAAGAAAGGUUAUGAAAAUGGAAGCAGCCGAUCCCUUCAACGUUCCAGUUAAUCCUGUUGCUCUUGGAAUACCAUGGGUGAAGAAGAACUUCACGAAGUGUUGGGCAGCUGCUGGUUUAUUCGGUGAUCAACCUCAGGACACAAAUGGUGUUGAAGGCACUCAAAUGAAGGAUGAUACUACUUCAAGUCACGAGGAUACACCAGGUGAUGGUGGUUCUUUGAGCCUUAUGGGGAAAAAGUUCCAUGGGCACAAGGAAGGCUGCCUAUGUGCUAUAUGUGUAAUGAUACAUCGAAGGCAGGAGAGAGAGGAGGUUGCUUGGAUGAUGGAAGGACAAACUGAAGGCAGUGAUGACUCUUCAGGAGAAGAGAUCAAGGCAGAGGGAGUUUCACAUGGAGGAAGUCCUUUUGGUUAG